ACUAUUUCCAAUUAGUGUAGAAAUUUUUCUAAAGUUUCCCCCCACCAUCAUUGACAUAGUUUCUCUAUAUUCCCCCUCUUCUUCUCCUUCCAAGACCCAUAAAAAAAUAAAUCAUUUUUUUUUUUUAUGAAUAAUCUCUAAGUAGCUAUGAGGUGAUUAUAUCAACAUAACCAUCAUCGAUCGAUCUACUAUGGCUAGUAGUAGCAACAAAGGCAAAGGCAUAGCAGAUGGAUCGUCGCAAUCUCAAUCGCAACCACAACCGCACCAACCGCAGUCACCUCCUAACCCACCAGCGUUAAGCAGGUACGAGUCACAGAAACGAAGAGACUGGAACACGUUUUGUCAAUACCUGCGUAACCAGCAGCCACCAGUUCACAUCUCGCAGUGUGGCUCAAACCACAUCCUCGAUUUCCUCCAAUACCUCGACCAAUUCGGGAAGACGAAGGUUCAUGUCCAUGGAUGCGUUUUCUUCGGACAGGUUGAGCCGGCGGGACAGUGUAACUGUCCUUUAAAACAGGCGUGGGGGAGUUUAGAUGCGUUGAUCGGACGGCUAAGAGCGGCUUUCGAGGAAAACGGAGGGUUGCCGGAGAGAAACCCUUUUGCCGGCGGCGGGAUUAGGGUUUUUCUGAGGGAAGUGAGAGAUUCGCAGGCAAAGGCAAGAGGAGUUCCGUACAAGAAAAGAAAGAAGAGGAAGAAGAGGAAUCCUAUGAAGAGUCAUGAUGGUGAAGAUGGUACUACGGGAACUAGUAGUAGCUCCAACUUGCCUUCUUAGCAAGCAAACAAAAAAAAAUCUACUAUAAUAAAACAAAAGUGGGAUUAGUUAAUGGAGUCUAGACGAUCCCAAAACAUGUUUGAAGGCUAGUUUUCUGUUGUAGCAUGAUCAAGGAAAAAGCUACUCAGAUGUGUGUAUUAAUUAAGCCCACUGUGAUGGCAUUCAAUUUUCCCUUGAUUAAUUAUGAUAAGAUUAGAUCGCUGAUUAUAUUUUACAUUUACGUUUGUGUUUGAAAUUUGCAAAGAAUUCUUAGAUUAUAUAACAUAUAGUUAAUGUAAACACUAAUGGAAGUAAGUUUUUACGUUUGAAACCAA